GUCUGGUAGCAUUGCUUCAUACCUAAUCAGCUGAUGCCCGCGGAAAAAUAGGGACAUUGUAAACAAAUUUGUGAAAUAUAUAUUUUGGUAAUUAUUAAAAACGGAAUGUUAUAAUGUCCGAGGAGGCCAGCAGCACGUCCGCUUUUGGAUUCAAAAAGCGCAAUAUACGGAAAGUAACAGCGCUUCGCCACAAGCGGAGUAGCGAUUCUGAGUCAGGGAAGAGUAGCGAAGCUGAAAUCUCUUCAGCAGUCGUGCGUGGUGAUAAUCGCCGCAAACGUUCAAAUCCGAAUUUUCAAAGUACCAAAGUCUUGAGCGCUAAGCGUGAGCGCCAAAAUAAAUCCUCUUCUAGCAGUGACACCGAGGAGGAUGAUAAUAAAGUAAGCGUUUCAUAUAAGUCAAAGAAAAGUGCAUUGCCAAACGGACCACAAGAUCAGGGCGCUACAUCAAUAAAUGAAGCAGAAACAGCACAAGACUGCGAUGCCCAGGCGUUGCAUGAAAAAAUGUUGAAAAUUAACGAAGAGCUUGAGGGUAAAGCGGACGACAAAUUGUACCGUGGAAUGAAUAAUUAUGCACAAUACUAUAAAAAAGAGGGCACAGCGGCGGGCAAUGCUAGUUCGGGUAUGGUGAGAAAGGGUCCAAUACGCGCGCCAGCUCAUUUGCGCGCUACUGUACGUUGGGAUUACCAACCUGAUAUUUGUAAGGAUUAUAAAGAGACUGGCUAUUGCGGAUUCGGUGACAGUUGCAAAUUUUUGCAUGACCGAAGCGAUUAUAAAUCUGGUUGGCAGUUGGAGCUAGAUCAUGCUGCCCACCAACGUGGUGAAGGGGAAUCUGAUGAAGACGAUGCCAAAUAUGAAAUUCACUCAGAUGAGGAAACAUUACCAUUCAAGUGUUUCAUAUGCCGCAAUAGUUUUGAAAAUCCAGUGGUGACGAAGUGUAAACAUUACUUUUGCGAAAAAUGCGCCUUGGAAAACUAUAAGAAGUCGCAACGUUGUUUCAUUUGCUCUCAACAAACGAAUGGCAUUUUUAAUCCAGCAAAGGAGUUAAUAUCACGUUUGAAAAAUGCACCUGAAGUUGGAGUAUGCGCGUCUUCGGAUAGUGAAUAGUUACAUAGAUUAAGACUAAAUGAAAUUGAAAACUAUAAAAAGUUU